UCGUGGUGGACAGGUGAAAUUUGAAUUUGUGUUGUCAAACCGGUAGUGGACCGUUGAUGCUAAAAGUUUUGCGCUGUUUCUUUUCUUCAUUCGCUUUUGGUCUCAACCGAAGAACAGAUCGUCGCCAGUUUUAACAUUAAGUGAGUGAAAUCGUUGAGUGCGUGUGAGAACGGAGCGAAAAUUAAAUGCAAUAGACAAUUCGUGUUACGAGUUUGCUUAAGGAUUAAAAAAAACAAUGGGUGAUUUGAUAGAGUUCAACAGUCCGGCUCCUAAGGACGAGACAUCCUUCACGACACUCUUCAAUUCGAACGAUUUCAAUCUUCACCUGAACUUCGAUCUGGGUCGAGAGUCGAUGCCGUUUCGACCGUCGAGCAUAGGGAGAGAAUCUCUUCAGGUGCUGGACAUCACAGGCAGAGAGUCUUUGGGCAUUCUGCACAUGAACAGCCCUUCCAUAAGACUCACAGAACCAGACUUCCUGCAGCACCUUCCGCUAAGCGGUGACACACUCAACACAGCAAUCCUGCAUCCGUUAUCUUUCUUGGACAGGAAGAAUUCAAAUGUUUCCAGUGUAUCGUCGAAUGCAUUCAGUCUGUACAAUUCGAGUAACUUCAACGAGAGCGUUGCCCCGUCCACCAUAUACUCUGCAAACUCUUUGAAGGGUUUGAGCAGUUCAGAUUUCAACAACGCCUUCAUUUCGAAUCAGUUCAGUCAAGAUGAUCUGCUGUUGAGUGAGCUGAAUCAGAGGAUCGAUGAGAGAAUGAGACUGUACAGUUUGCCUGUUGCUGCGAACGUUCCAGAGACUGAGACUGAUUUGGAUGCAAUUAAGAGGAGGUGCAUCAGUGCUGAGGUUAAAAGUAAUAGGACUUCUUCCGUGGAGGAGGAUGAUGAUGAAUUUAAUGAUUCGGUGUUCAUCGAGGCUCAUCAUAUUGCUUGUAAAAUAGCUGAUGGCUCAAUUUUAGAAGCCUCUUAUGAGGAGGGAAAUAUUUUGGAUUGUACCCCACAGCCAUUUUUGGCGAAUGAUGAGUCUGAUAUGGAGAUAGAGAAGGUGGUGAAAUGUGAUAAAGAGUCGAUGUUCAAGGAGAUCGAUCGAAUAAUUCCGCCUCAAAUCCCAGAGGUAAACGAAGAGGAAGAGGUGCUCGUAGUUGAGGAGCAGCAACAGGAUAAGAACGAGGAGGUUGUGGAUGAGGAGGAGAGUCGUAAUAGCAGCAACGUUGCAACGCUGUUAGAGUACAAGCAGAAUUUGUUGGACCUUCUUAACGGCGAGGGGAAGAUUGAUGUUUCGAACAUAUCUAACCGCUCGAGUAAGUUUAGGGAGGCCGGUGAAAUUAUACUGACCCUGUCCACUUUAUUGAAUGGUUCUGACAUCAACUACGAGCGGAAGAUCGCCGGGCACAGUUUGCUGCUAAAUCUAGCGGAUCUCAUGUGUUCUUCCACAGGAUCCGUCUGCAGCAGCAUCAGCUCGGAGGAUUCCGGUCACAGUUCGAUCGAGGACAAGCAGCAUAAUCGACCGAUAUCGGAUGUCGAGCAGGAGAAGGAGGAACUGGAACGGGACGCGGAGCUGCCGCUGGAUCUCAGCAGGACGGCGGCGUCCGUGUCGCUCACGGAGAAAUUGCUCCAAGGAGAUGGUGUCGACAAAGGGUCACGUCUCUGUCAAUCGUUCGGAAUGCCGCUGAUCUCGAACAACCUGAACAGUCAGGUCACGGAGAUGAAGAACAUCAUCAUCGGAAUGGAGACCAAGUGCAACGUGAGCAGCGACAGCAACGCCAGUUCCAUAACGAGCUCGAACAAGCUGAAGCCCAAAAAAAUCGAGGAAACCAAAAAGGGACCGAUGAAAGCCAUGCUUCCGGUCAACGCGAUCACCAAAAAGAAAGACCUCCUGAAGGACUCCAAGAUCGCCAAAUCUCAGUUGACGAACACUCCGCUCAGGAAGCAAUCCAUUGGCACAUCCAUUUCCAAAAGGAUUAGCACCCCUUUAAUCAACACUAAGCUAAAGCCGAUGGCGCAAUCCACGCCCGACAGGACGCAACCGCAGAGCAAAUUGUCCAUCCCUCUGGCCUGUUCCAGUCAGAUCAAGAAGAAAUCUUUGGAAUGCUCCGUGUCUCCUCUAGUAAAAACCACCAGUUUUGAUGAAAUGUGUAAUUAUAACAUGAAUAAGUCUGAUUCCGUGACGAACGUGUCCACAACGGCGACGAACACGAGCGGUCGUUGCCGGUCGACGAACGAAGGGUCGAAAGGGGCUGGUACUACUACCACAACCGGUCUGAUACGCCCACGUCGCUAUAGCGUUGGCAAAGAGAACCUCGUGUCCAGUUUGAGGAAGAUUGCUAAACCAAACUUAUCAGUAUCUGAUCCGAAAAGGACGGAAGAUGGCGACAUCAGCAGCAGUAGGAUCGCCCUCAGGAACACCUCCAACAGGAGCAUAGGAAUGAAGCCAACGAAUUUGAUGUCGAAGAUAAAAUGUGUUAAGAAAUAAGCUCGAUUUUAGUUAAUAUUAAGGUAAUUAGUAUUAUUAUUAUUACACUCUAUUAUUUUUUUUUGUCUCUUUCUCUUCUCUUCUCUUUAUAUAUGUUUAGUACGUUGUUAUGAUCUUGGAAAAAAUCGAAACUAUUACGAUAUAUAUAUAUAUAUUUAUAAAAAAAAAAAGUAAUAAGGAACUGGAAAGAGAGAUUAUAAAA